AAGGGGUCAAUCGCUGGAUUAUCACUCAUACUUAGGACUUAGCUCUAGUAUCCCAUGCACUCUUUUUUAUCACCUGCAAAUCUUUUAUACAUCCAUAUUUUUGGUGGGAAUAAUUACGAAAGGAUCUUAUUGGAAAACAUUAAUGUGUGCCAUCUUUGAGUUUACAAGUGUUUGGUGAAAAGUUAUGCAGUAGAACUUGUAGUGUUCAAAUAGUAGACGAGCAAUGGGCUUCUCUCUGUCCUGACCACGGAGCAACAACUGAGGGGUCCAGCUUGAUAGUGAGAGGAAAACUGGUGGUUUGAAGAGCAGGUGGGCUUUCCUUUCCCCUGCAGUGACGGAGCUUGUCAAUCAGCCCAAAUGCCUCUUUUAAACAACAAAGUGGGUGAUGAUGGCACUGCCAGAACACCAGAUACCUUGGAAGAAGGGAAAGCUCUUGUUGAGUCAUUGAUUAAGGUGGUGGCGUGUUAUCGGCACCUGGCUUCAUGUGUGGGCGGGAGCACAGACGAAUUGAAACUGCGAGAAGAGUUGAGGCAAACGAGAGAGAAGGCCCAAAAUCUCAGUGUGGCAAACCGUCAGCAUCUCACAGCACGACUACGGGACAAAAGUCUGACCCCAGAGGAGCGAAUGGAGAUGGAGCUGUUAUGGGUGGCUUUCUCCUCCAGUCUGGAACUCCUCUAUGCUGACAUGUGUAAAGUCUGUAACAUGGGUAACAUCUUUCCCCUAUCCAAAAGCAAUGCCUUAGUGCAGACUGGCAUUCAAGGAGAGACCGCUGGGGUGGCAGCUCGGGCACUCAGUCUUCCAGACUUAACCGAUUCCAAGGUCCCUGAGAACGUGGAGGAAGUGGAACAAAGCCAGUUGGAGGAGGAGAUAUCCCGGGUGGACCUCAUGAUUGAGGACAUGGAGCUGAAGGUCAACGUUCUUCGCUGGACGGUGGAGCCACGUGGACCAAAGUACACCGACCCAGUCAGCUCUGACAGCGCCUCGCUGACCAUGUUCUCUGUAGAUGAAGAGGAUCCUGGCCACCAGCGCCUCUGCCAGCCCAGCCAGAUCUUUAUAUUGUUGUUGCUGUGUGGUGUCGCUGUGGUAGCAGCCGUGUUGUCUGUCUGCGUGGUCUAUUUCUCCUGAGGAUCAUCACAAAGUGAUCACAUCAUUUCUACAGUAUAAGCCUCAAAAGGCUGUGUGUGUGAACCAUAUACUGCCAUAAAUAGCAAAGGGUACUGUAUACACCAAUUUAACAACUCCUUAAGUCCCACAGGGUGGCAUACGAUCCAUAGAACCUUUUCUAUUUUAGCUUUUUUCAAUGCAUUUUGCACACUGUUCGACCAAUUCUGCUGAAAUUGUGCAUGCCAACAGGAAUGCUUGUUGUGAUGAUGUAACACGUUACAUUGUCAGCCAGAUCGACCACCUGCUAGAGCUGCUCAAAUGAGAGGGACACCAAUCUAACUCCUGCACCUCUGCAGAGUUAAUGCUCUAGAGUAAUGACUUCACUUAAGACUUGUCGCUUACUUGUAUGUACUUUGCUUCUUGAGUCGUUUAAUUCUCUCAUGAUAUGAUUUUGUAGAAGAGAUACAGUAUCCCUGUACUUUUCUAAAUCUGCAUCUGUUCAAUUUCUGUCUGGCACUUAGAGGCAUUUCUCAUAUCUACAUAAAUAUUAAAUAAUGUAGAUAUGUUUUUGCAAGGCAAAGCACUUUUUUCUAUGUAUAGUCAUGGUUUCAUUGACAAUUCAAUGUGUUAGGGUAACACAGCCAACUGAGUACUUAGGGGACUACACUGUACAGUUUACACAAGAUGACAUACGUUUAAUUGUAACACUUAAAAAAAAAAAAUCUGAAUAGCAACAAUGGACAAUUGUUAGAGUAUACAUACAAACAUGCAUAUUAACUGUUGUGAAUAUUAAAUCAGUAGGUUUUGAA